AUGCCCGCCACCGCCCUGGCCGUCUUGCCCAUCCCGCACCCGCUCAUCCUCCUGCCUUCAGCGAGACUGACGCUGCCCGUGAGCAAAGUAUCCGGCGAGGUGCUGGCAGCGCUCGUCGCGGAAUCAGACGUCCAACCCGUCCUCGCCGUGGUGCCCAUUACGAACCACACAAGUAAUGCUAACGGGCAGCACAAAGCUGAGCCUGUCUUGAGCGAGUGGGGGACAGCUGCGCGGAUUAUCCGGCUCAUUAGGCCGCCGAACCGCAACCCCCAGCACCCAUACUUGCUCUCGCUCCAGGGUCUGACGAGGGUCCGCCUCGCGGCGCCCGUGAAGCUCAAGUCGAACGCGCCGACGGAUAUCAUCAAGCUCCACCCGGUCGAGUACCCCGUCGUGGACGACACCCCAUCGCCGGAGACGGUGGAAGCUUUCAAAGCCGCUGCCCUGCGCUUACUCGAUAGGCUGGCGAAGGACUCGACCCAGCAGUCUCGCAAGGACGCAUGGAUGAAGAUAGCUGGCAUGGUUGAGGAGAUUUCGGAGCAGAGAGCUCCGUGGAUGGCGGACGUGAUGAUCUCCGCGGUCAACGGAGAGUAUAACGACAAACUCACCUUCUUGUCCGCGGCAGCGCCGGAGGAGCGUUUAAGGAUCGCAACUCAGAUCUUCAUCAAACAAGCUUCCAUCUCCGAGGUGUCGAAGAAGAUCGCCUCCGCGGUCGACGAGUCGCUCUCGAAGCAGCAGAAGGAGUUCUUCCUCAGGCAGCAGCUCGCGGCGAUCCAUCGGGAGUUGCAGAACCUGAACCGCUCUCAUAGCCCCAACGGCGAGGCCUCGCCGGGCUCCUCGUCAGAGCUGGACGACGAUGAGCAGCACGAAGUUGAAGAUAUGGCUGACCUGAAGAAGAAGAUCGAGGCGAUGGAACCUGGGAGUGAGGAGAGGAAGAUGGGCGUGCGGGAGUGGAGGAGGCUGAAACGGAUCCCGCAGGGGAGCGUGGAGAAUGGUGUGAUAAGGACAUACGUGCGUCCCUCCCACCCACUUGAAUGGCUCACGAGCAUACCCUGGCCGUCGUCUGCCGCUGUAUCCGAUUCGGCAAGCCUUGACGCUCUGAAGGACCGUUCGUUCCUGAAGAAGGCGCGGGAACAACUAGAUGCUGACCACUAUGGCCUGGACAAAAUCAAGCGGCGACUCAUCGAAUACCUCGCCGUCGUCCGGCUGAAGCAGUUGGCUGCCUCCGCCGAGCAGGACGCGCAGAUGACCCUCGAGUUCGAGAGGCAGGUGCAGAGCGAGUCGAAGGAGCUGGUGAAGGUGGAGAAGGCGAGCGUGCCGAACCCGCAGCCCCCGAGGCGCACGCCUGCGAAGAAGGCCGUCAAAGGGCCGAUCCUUCUCUUCGUAGGGCCUCCUGGUGUUGGGAAGACGUCGCUUGGUCAAUCCAUCGCUCGCGCGCUCAACCGCCCGUUCCAGCGGAUCUCGCUGGGCGGGGUGCGGGACGAAGCCGAGAUUCGAGGGCAUCGGCGGACAUACGUUGCCAGCGGACCCGGGAUGAUCGUGCAAGCCCUCCGGAAGGCCGGUCGGCCAGACCCCGUGCUGCUCUUGGACGAGGUAGACAAAGUUGGACAGAGCAACUUCCAUGGCGACCCCAGCGCAGCUCUGCUCGAAGUACUCGACCCCGAGCAGAACCACUCAUUUAAUGACCAUUACAUCAACGUCCCCAUUGACCUCAGCCAAGUCCUAUUUAUCUGCACGUCGAACACCCUGGAUACCAUCUCGCCGCCGCUACUGGAUCGUUGCGAAGUUAUCCAGCUCUCAGGCUAUACCUAUGACGAGAAGCUGCACAUUGCGCGGCGUUUCCUUCUACCGAAGCAGCUGCAGAGCAACGGGCUAUCCCCGUCCCAGCUCACAAUCACCGACCCCGCGCUCUUGCAUAUCGUGACGAACUACACCCGCGAGGCAGGGGUACGUAGUCUAGAGCGGGCUGUUGGUUCGGUCGUCAGGUUCAAGGCGGUAGAAUGGGCGGAGGCCGUCGAUGACGGGCGGGAGCAGGAUUAUAAGAGUGUUGUGGAGGAGAACGAGCUCGAGGCUAUCUUGGGCAUUUCUAGAUGGGAGGGGGACGAAAAGGACAGGGAGGAACGAAGAGGGCUUAUCUAUGGCCUUGUCGUCACUGGACAAGGGGAAGGCGGUAUCCUCCCCGUCGAAACGAUAGCGAUACCGGGGUCUGGCCGACUGAAGCUGACCGGGUCCUUGGGCGAGGUCAUCAAGGAGAGUGGUGAAAUUGCCCUGAGCUGGGUCAAGACCCAUGCGUACGACCUGUGCAUCACGGAAAAUCGGGCCCAGGAUCCCCUGAAAUUUCCCGAUCCAGUUGAUAUUCACCUACAUCUGCCUGCUGGCGCGCAGAAGAAGGAUGGCCCGAGCGCUGGAGUAGCCAUGGCUUGUGCAUUUGUCUCUUUGCUAACCGGAGCUUGUGUCCCUACAAACGUCGCUAUGACCGGCGAGAUCACACUUCGCGGGCGUGUCACUCCAGUCGGCGGUAUCAAAGAAAAGGUUCUCGGCGCCCAUCGAGCUCAGAUGAAGAAGGUCAUUUUACCUUGGGCUAAUCGUAAGGAUGUGGAACACGAUGUUACCCAAGACGUGCGAAGUCAGAUGGAAUUCGUCUUCGUCAAGACUGUCGAGGAGGCCCUAAUUGCGGCCUUUGGGAAAGGUACUCUUGGAUGGAGGAGGCAGACAUUGAUGAUGGAGAGCCGCCUGUGA